AGGAAGGACAACAGUGACUCUAUUUCUGUAUUUUAGUCAUCGGGGUCAUGUGACGUCUGGCAGCUUUGUAACCAAAAAACCGACUUCAGUUCACUUUCUUAAACAGCAAGUCCUCUUUCCAAUCAAGUCUUCUUUCCAUCAUAUUACAGCUGGGUUACAUGGUUCCAUGCACACAAAAUCUUCUUCUCUUCACUGUUAGCUCAAAACUUCCCAUGGACUCGUUUGGGAACAAGUGUGUGCCUUUGAAUAUGGUCAUCAUGUUACUGACUUCUCUCUUUGUUUCAGGUGCUUUGGCCGACUGUUCAAAGACACCCAGCCUCUUCAUCACUGCACCAAAGAAGAUAGAAGCGCUGAGUGGAUCUUGUUUAUUAAUUCCCUGUAACUUUCGUGUCGCAGAAGGUUGGAAUUUCAACACCACAAGACGUACCUUUGGAGUGUGGAUUAAAGAUGAUUCUAGUUUUCUAAAUAAUCCAAAGAAUGUGAUCUUCAACAGCAGUGGGACUGUCACCACCUAUCCGAUGGAAAUUACUGGGAACUUGAGUCAAAGGAAUUGCACCACUUUGUUUUCAAAUUUAAACACAAAUCACACUGACACAUACUUCUUCAGAAUUGAGAAUGAGCAAUUUAAGGCAACAGCGUCUUGUGAUCAUCUUCAAAUAGAGGUUAAUGAUUCUCCGUGGAGACCCAGAAUGAACAUCUCAGGUGAACUGAAGGAGAAGAAGUCUGUCACUAUCAGCUGCUCAGCUUUCACUCCCUGUCCACACUCCCCUCCUCAACUCACCUGGAACCUCCAACAAAACUCUCACAGCCAAAUAGAGGAAAACACAGAUGGAACCUUCACAGCUAAAAUCCAGCAGAGCAUCACUCUGUCAGACUCACAUGAUGGAUUCAACAUCAGCUGCUCUGCCACAUAUCCUGUGGAUGAAGGAAAACCUGGAAAGACCAAAGAGACACAACAGAUUCUCAGUGUUACAUAUGCCCCCAAAGAAACCUCAGCAUCCAUCAGUCCAUCAGGUUUGGUGUUAGCAGGUAGCUGGGUGAACCUGACCUGCUCCAGCAGAGCCAAUCCUCCUGUCAGCAACUUCUUCUGGUUCUUAAAAACUAAAGAUGGACCCAUGAAAGUAGCUGAAGGAUACCUUCACAGACUCAAGAUGACCAACAUGACAGAAAGUUAUUUCUGUGUGGCUACAAAUGAUCUUGGUCAUGAGACAUCACUAGAGAUCCAUCUACGUAUUUCAGAAAAUGGACAGCCUUCAUCAUUGGGGGCUGUUGUUGGAGGGAUCACUGGGGUCAUCGUACUCAUGUGUGUGGUCUUCAUCCUUUGGAGGUUAAAGUCAACAUGUUCAACUUCACAUCAAGUGCAGAAUACGCUUCUGCAAGAACAAACCAGAACAGCAGAAAAUGAAGGCAUCCAUUACGGAGUGAUUGACUUCUCCAAGCUAAGACCUGGACCUUCCUCAGACUCCAUGAAGGACAACAGACAGCAGACGGAUGUCAUCUAUUCACAGGUCAAAGUGUGCAAGAGCUCAACACAGACUGCUGAUGGCCCAGAGUGUAUCUAUGCUCAAGUGAAGAAGAAAUGAGCAAAUAAACAAGCAUGAUUAAAUUCAGGGAGCCUACGAAUCUCCACAUCCAGUCAAUAUUAACAUGUUCAUGAUGUUCAUGUUGGCUUAUAUGUAUAUUUUUUGACUGUAGUCUGUGGUGAUCCCACAUAAAGCUGUGAACAAAAUUUUACAUACACUUGAAAAGACCAUAUACAUCAUAGCAGUGUUGAGUUUCCAAUGACUCAUAUAACUCUUAAUUUUCUUUGAUGGAAUGGUUGAAAUGUCUUUGUCACAAAUAACAAUAAUGCAUUUUGGUUCUUUCAUAGGUCUUCUGGAAAUAUGGCCAAACCUCUAGUUUUAUCUUUGACCACUCCUCUUAACAGAAUUGGUGCAGUUCAACUAAAUUUUUUGGCUUUCUCGUACAGAUUUGUUUAUUCAUCACAGUCCAAAGGUUCUUGAUGAGGAUUAAGUCAGGACUUUGGGGAUGCCCAUCUAAAACCUAAAUCCUAGCCUAGUUUAACAGCUUCUUUACUACUUUUUAUGUGCGUUUGUGGUCAUUGUCUUGUUGGAACACCCAACUUUCUGGCUGAUGAUUUUAUGCUUUCCUGAAGAUUGUAGAGGUAACAGGCCUUCUUCAUUAUUUCAUUCACUUUGUGUGAAGCAUCAAUUCUUUUGGCACCAAAACAGCCCCAGAGCGCAAUACUGCCACCGCCAUGCUUGGCAGUUGGUUUGGUAUUCUUGGGGUAGGCCUCACCUUCUCUUCUCUGAAUAUGUUUCUGGUCAUUUUUACCAAAUAACUAAAUUUUUAUUUCAUAUGACCAUAGAAUGUCCCUCCAGAAGGCCUUUUAUUUGUCCACGUGAUCAGUAGCAAACUUCAGUCGAGCUUUAAAGUGUCGCUUCUGGAGGAAGUAGACUCUUAGUCCAUGAUGAUUUAAGAUGCACCUGACUGUGGAAACUGAUACCUCUGCUCUAGCAGUUUCUUAUUUAUUGCAGACCUGCUUUUUAGCAGUUCUGGGUUGACUGUUGACCAUCCAGACCGACUAUUUCUCAGCAGCUGGUGACAACUUGCGUUUUCCUCUGAUCAUGGCAGUGACACAACUUUGCCAUGCAUUUUUUACCAACAAACAUUUGUUUGAACAGAUGAUUUGGGGAUCUGGGUUUUUGAAAUUGAACCAAGUUUCUUUCCUGAAUUGCUCAAGUCACUGACUUGCUUCUUUAGAUCUUUGCUGAGCUCCUCAGACUUUCCCACUGUAGUUUGUGAUUGAUCAGAUGGUCCCUAUAUAAAGUGGCUCAGAGUUAGCAGCUGUAGUCAAUUGUAAUAACUCAUGAGAAGAGGCUAAAAUGAGCACAGCUUUCUAUGUCAUCAAAACUGACUAGUCCAGUUCCAGCAGAUAUAUUUUCAGCACAUUUGCAGCAUAUUUUCAUAGGAUCUAUGGUGAAUUUAUGAAAGAACCAAAAUGCAUCAUUGUUUUGUGUGACAAAGACCUAUGUGUUUCAUUCCAUCAGAAAUUAGGAGUUGUAGAAAUGAUUGGCAACUCAAGAAAGUCCAAUCUGCAGUCACAUUAGCAGUAUAUUACCAGUGAAGUAUUAUAUUGGAUGUUUAUGUAUUUUUAUGCUUUUUGUUAUAUCAGUUUGUUUUACUCAUGUAGCAUGUGUCAUAGUUAUCGAUUAUCCAUGUGUUUUUGUGUCUUAAUGCUACCAAAAUGAAGAUGAAGCAGUUGCUGUUCUUGCAGCUAUUUAUUUGUUGCACUUUAAUAAAAGGCUUGCCAUACAACCAGUGAAAAUGUGUAUGUAGCUCAUAAUUUAAACGAAAUAAAAAUUUAAAAUGCUUGCUGUUUUAGCAGCACAAAUUGUGACGAAA